AUGGCCCAUGAUCUACUGCCGAUAAAGGAAGGAGAUAAAGUAACCUACAAAACUACACUAAACGAGGGACAACCAAAUGAGGAAGUUAAGGAAAUGGAGAUAAGUGAACAUGAUAGAAUUUGGAUUGACAGCAGGCAUUUGCACAUGAAGGAUCUUCUGGGGAAACUCGUUGAUGAUUUCAAUAAAUUCCGAGCGGAUAACCCCCAGUUCAACGAGAGUGGGGCUACUGCAAACCUCAACACUGUUAAAGACAUGAUUGCUGGGUUAUCGGAAUUUACAGAGGGAAAAAACGCAUAUACGCUACAUCUUAAUAUGGCACAGGAGUGUUUGGACGAAGAUUACCGGAAACCUAAACAUCUUGCCGAUCAGCUAGUUCGCCUAUUAGACGAAGAUUGCGUUGGACCGUCAGAACGCCUGAGGUUGAUUCUUCUUUAUUUGCUCUACAGGAAUGGACUUCUGCCAGGCGAUAUAAAAAAGCUCCUUGCUCACUCCCAGCUUCCACCACAGGAUUGUGAGGUCAUAUAUAACCUCGACCUAUUGGGCGCAAGAGUAGAAAAGCCGCUUAAGGACUCAAAACCAAAACCUGAGCCUUUAUUUCCCCGAAAAGUUCCCACUCAAACGACAGAAGAUGACACGAGCCUUUCUCGAUUUCAGCCUAACCUGAAAUUCUUACUGGAAGAACAGAACAAGGGAACUUUAGACACUACAAUUUUCCCAUAUACUCGGCCCCACCUCGACCCAGACGGCACAAUAGGUCCAGAUAAUGCUUCCCAGGCAUCUCUUCGAAGUGCAAAACCAACCUGGGCCCGAACCCGGCCAUCGGCAGCGGAGCCCCGCCAAAGAAUCAUUCUCUUCAUGGCUGGCGGUGCGACGUUUUCUGAGGCUCGUGCUUGCUAUGAAUUCGCCAGAAUCUCUUCUAAAGACAUAUACCUAGCUACAUCUCAUAUGCUCACACCGAAACUCUUUUUACGUCAACUUGGAGAUCUCAGCGUCGACAAACGCCGAUUGGAUCUCCCCGCGGAUCGUCCUGCACCAAAGGCCCCUGCACAUCUCUUUGAGAAACCCGCACCGCAGCAGCCUCCAGUUCCUCCGACUGGUGGGCUAGCUUCUAUGACUAUUAGCUCCAGAGAUGCUCCGCACAGAUCACCGAACGGUGCUGCAGGCCAACCGUUGAAACCUGCCGUACUACCGGUUGCAUCCAGUCACAAGUUAGGGAAAAAAGAGAAGGAGAAAGACAAGGAGAAGGAAAAGGAGAAGAAGAAGCGAAAUUUCUUUAAGUAA